AUGAGGACGUACACAUCGCAACCUAUCGACAUACCGCGAGACCUGAAUCUCACGGAGCUGCUUCAUACCACGGCUACACCGUUGCCAGAAUCUCAUGUUAUCGCUGCAGAUAGCCUCACGAAUAGGAGCAUCACGCUUGGAGAACUACGCGAUCGUUCCGGGAGGAUUGCAAAGGGGCUCGCGGAUGCCUUGAGCCCGGCGGAUCAAUCACGUUGGGCCAUCGUACUCCCCAACAGCGUGGAAUUCCUCGAAAUAUUUCACGCUAUUCUGUGGACCGGAGGGGUUGUGAGUCCGAUCAACCAUGCGCUUAAAUCAUCGGAGAUCGGACACGGCCUUGCGAUAUCGAGACCGCAUUACAUCGUGGCGUAUGGUGCAAUGAUAUCUGCAAUUCACGAGGCCGUGGAGGUUGCUGCUGAGGAGCUAUCAGCGCAAGGAGUAACGUGGGGGAAACCGACGAUAUUGACGAUCUUGAAGCCGCUUCCUGGCCUGAGACACAUCCCGGAGGACUUCAUGGCUUCUACACGGCUUACAGUCCCUCACUGGCCGGAUACCUCGAAGCGGCUGGCGUCGAUACACCUCUCCUCCGGCACAACCGGAAAGCCUAAGGGAGUCGAGCUCACACACCACAACUUCGUUUCCAACGUAUUUCAACUCGCGGCACUGGACCGGAAACGACAAAUGUUCAACACUGCAUCGCGAACCGUCGCCUUCACGCCUUGGGCCCACAUCGCCAUGACGACGAUGCCCCUAUUUCUCGGCCCCUACACGGGCAUGUUCCACCACGCGAUGCCCCAGUACAACAUCGACAGGUUUGGGGAGCUCGUUGGUUCGACCCAAGCCACUUCGUUCCAGGGUGUACCGAGUGUCGUUUUGGCCCUCGCCAACUCGGACGUGACGGAGAAGCAUGAUUUCUCAAAGGCACAAGUCAUCAACAUCGGAGGUGCCCCUUUGAAGCCAGACCAAAUCAAGAGACUUCUGAGUAGGGCACCAUGGAGGCUUGUGCAGGCCUACGGCAUGACCGAGGCCGCAGGCUAUGUUGCGUAUCAAGAAUUCGACGAGGUCAUUCCCGAUGGCUCGACAGGUAGGCUAUUGCCCGGGAUUGAGGCUGCGCUGAAGAAAGAGGGAACUGCAGAUGAUGCAGCUUUAGGUGGUCCAGGGGAGUUAUGGCUUCGAGGUCCUAACAUCACAAGAGGCUAUGCCUUCAACCGAAAGGCGAAUGCGGAAGCCUUUCCUCAGGAGGGGUGGUACAAUACUGGCGACGUGUGCCGUUUUGAUGACCAGGGCAGACUGUUCAUCGUAGGUCGCACGAAAGACCUGAUCAAGUAUAAGGGCUUUCAGGUCAGUCCCUCCGAGCUUGAACAAAUCAUCAACUCCCACCCCCUUGUCAGAGAGUCAGGAGUGGGCGCGUUGUGGGAUGAGAGUCAGCUCACGGAAGUACCGACCGCGUGGGUUGUGCUCAAAGAUGGUGACAUGAUGAGAAAAGAAGAAACACGAAGAAGACUGAAGGAUAUUCAGAGGGUUGUAGACGGUCAAGUAAGCGGAUACAAGAAGUUGAGAGGUGGUGUCUGGGCAGUGGAACGGCUGCCCAGGAAUCCGACAGGCAAGAUACUGAGGAGGGAGUUGAUUCGAAUGACUGAUGGUAUUUGCUCGCUGGAAGAUGGCACAAGAUUCACUGCCAAGCUUUGA